ACAGUCGAUGAGGGCAUGAGGCCAAUAGGGUAUGCGACAAAAGCGUCGCGGGAACGGACCGCUUCCAAGGCGCCCACGGAGUCAGGAGGCGCGCCCACGGAGUCAGGUGCGCGGGCGAGGCAGCCGACGCCGACCGAACCAACUCCUCCCGCUCCCGGGCUAGGCAAGGGCCGCAACGUUUUUCCGCCGUGCGCACGCGACUUCGGCGCGCGCGGACGUGGAUGGAUGGAUGCACCUCGCGUCACUCCAACCCAACCAAACCCAACCCAGCCGGCAGCCGCGCCGCGUUAUAAAGGACGGGUCCUGGCCUUGGCGCCGUGCUUCACAGUACCGGCCACUGACCACGACACGGCACUCGCAGAGUCUCUCGGAAUGGGCGCGGGGUUCCUGAGCACGGCGGAGGGCGGGCUCGGCGGGGAGGCGUUCUACUGCGCGGUCAUCCUGUGGCUGUCCGUGGUGUCGUGGGUCAUCUUCACCCGCGUCGACAACGACGGCGGGGACGGGAGGAGGAGGAGGACGGGGCGCCGGGGCGGCGGCAGCCGCGGCAGCCCGGUGUUCGUCGGCGCGGCGGGGCUCUGCGACGGCACCGGGCCCGGCUGCAGCGGCGGGUACGGGCUCUGCGGCACCUGCCUGGACUAGCUAGCUCUAGUAAGUCACGAGUCGUGGUGCAGCGGCUUGUGCUGCGUGUUGUGGCCUUCUCCAUGGUUUUGCUUCCAGGAGAUGAGCUCCCCUUUUGUGAAGACAAUAAGAGGGAGCUGUACGUAUUUCGAUCCUGAUUCGGCUGCAUCAAUGAAGUUCGAAGCUUUUUUCCCCUUUUA